AUGGCGGCCAACGGCGCAUUGAUCGAGUACGAAGAGGAAGUUACACGUCAGCCAUUUGCUGUCCAGACGUGGAUCUCGUAUCUCCGCGCUCUGUCGGACGCUCCCGUCUCUGCUCGGUAUCGCGUCUAUGAGCGAGGAUUAAACACUCUUCCACGCAGCUACAAGCUCUGGAAAUUGUAUCUGGAUGAUAUGUACGAGACCCAAGUGCGUGGACAACGUGUAGACUCGCCUUUAUUCUCACAGCUCGUGGUACUGUACGAACGUGCGCUGGCUCAAUUAUCCACAAUGCCGAGAUUAUGGCUGGAGUAUCUUAAUGUACUACGGGAGAUGCGCGUGGUGACGGCACGUCGUCAUGUGUUUGACAGAGCACUCCGAGCGCUUCCCAUUACCCAGCACUAUCGUAUCUGGACGCCGUACUUGGCUUUUGUCAAACAAAUUGGCGUACCUCAAACAGCGGUGCGUGUAUAUCAACGAUAUUUGAUGCUGGAACCUUCGAAACGAGGAGAGUUUGUAGACUAUUUGGUAUCGGUGGAGCACUUUGAAGAGGCCAGUGUGGAGCUUGUGAAGCUUAUCGAGAUGACCCAAGAAAGCGAAACGAGUACAAACCGGACGGCGCAUAGUAUGUGGAUGCAGCUCUGUGAUAUGGUGUCGCAACAUCCGACGCGUGUGGCAAAAUCACUUGAUGUUGAAGCAAUUUUGCGUAGUGGAAUGACACGAUUUAGUGACGAGGUGGGACGACUCUGGUGCUCCUUAGCGACAUACUUUGUUCGACUUGGGAUGUUUGAGUCAGCUCGAGAUGUGUACGAAGAGGGAAUUCGCACAGUGGUUACUGUGCGUGAUUUCAGUAUGAUCUUCGACGCUUACGUAAAGUUUAUUGAGGCUAUGCUCACGGCCGAGAUGGAUCUAGCAGCUGGAGAGAAUGAAGAAGAUGAUGACGAAGAGGAAGACAGAGUAGACCACCAAGCGCAGGUUGACCGGUUGCUGAAGGUCUACGAGGAUGUGGCUGAACGACGACCUCUGCUGCUAAACUCGGUGCUUCUGCGACAAAACCCCCACAACGUACGAGAAUGGGAAAAACGUGUGGAGUUGGUCAAGCCGGACCUGUCAAAGGCUAUUCGCACAUACGCAGAGGCAGUUAAGAUCGUCGACCCAGUCAAGUCCGGUGGACGCUUGCCAACGCUGUGGGUCCGGUUUGCAAAGCUUUACGACGAGCAUGGAGACCUGAGCAAUGCUCGUACGAUUUUUAAGAAGGCUUUAGACGUGGAAUUUCGCAACCCUCAGGAACUCGCAGCUGUGUACUGUGAAUGGGCGGAAUUGGAACUCCGGCACGAAAACUUUGAUGAAGCGCUUAAAGUUGUGCGAGGUGCAUGCGCCAUUCCAACCUCACGCACUAUUCGUUUGCGCAAGCAGCAGGCAUUAACUGCCAAGGACAAUGUGCAUCUUAGUGUAAAAUUGUGGACGCUGCACUUAGAUCUAGAAGAGAGUCUUGGUGACCUCGAGUCGACUCGUGCUGCCUACAAUGAGGUAUUUGAGCUCAAGAUUAUCACGCCUCAGAUGGUGCUGAACUUCGCGGCAUACCUGGAGGAAAACAAGUACUUUGAAGAGUCAUUUCGGGUGUACGAGCGUGGUUUGGCGCUCUUCCCAAAGUUUCCGCAUGCGGGGGAUCUGUGGCAGACCUAUCUGACCAAAUUUGUGCAGCGUUAUGCUGGUGCCAAGAUUGAGCGUACUCGUGAUUUGUGCGAACAGGCUAUUCGUGCGGCUCCGGCUAAGUCUGUUUGUGGAUUUUACGAAAAGUUUGCCGAGUUUGAAGAGCAGCACGGCAUGCUGCGCAAUGUGAUGACUAUUUAUGAGCGCGCAUCCGACGCUGUGCCUGAUGAUGACAAACUUGCGAUAUACGAUAAGUACGUGAAGAAGGCUCAAAAGUUCUUUGGUGUGGCAAAAGUACGCGAUGUGUACCAGCGCGGCAUCAUGAAGCUGCCAGACAAGUGCGUCCCGAAUUUGUGUCUGAAGUUUGCAGAUAUGGAGACAAAGCUGGGUGAGUUUGACCGUGCAAGAGCCAUCUACGCACAUGCAUCGCAAUUCUGCGACCCACGGCAGCAUGAAAAGUCAUUCUGGAAGAUAUGGCACGAGUUCGAAGUCUCUCAUGGCUCCGAGCACACAUUCCUCGAAAUGCUACGCAUCAAGCGAUCUGUGGUGGCUCAAUACUCUCAAGUAAAUUACGUUGCGUCGGAAAUAGCUCCCCAGGAUGGGGCGUCUUCGAAGAUUGCUGGAAUGGUUGCAGCAUCAACACCAGCACCUGUCUUGCAAGGCGAUGCAAUGGCGAAUUUGGAAGCACAGCUUGAUGUGCCGCCAGUUGACGAAGCGGACGCUGCGAAAAAGAGGAAAGGAGAAACACUAGAACCUGACAGAGAGAGGAGUGUGCGCCAGAAGCAGAUUGUGGAGGUAGCGAAUGAAGAAGAGAUUAAUUUGGAUGACGACGAUGACGACGAAGAAGAAGGACAAACGCAAACAGCAGGAGGAGAGAUAAUUAUCGAAGAGCGAGAACUUCCGUCCAGGUUGUUUGGCAGCACCGUCAAGGCGUCGGAAUGA